AUGAAUCAUAGAUUAGAGCUGGCCGUUAGUGAUGCAGUUAAAGAUGUUAACGCUACAAAUCAUUUCAAAUCAUUUAUGGAUUCAUUAUAUGUUCUAUAUAAUGCAUCACCAAAAAAUCAAAAUGAACUAAAAAAUAUCUGUAAUGAUUUGGAUACUAUGUUCUUAAAAGUUGGACGUGUAUUGGAUGUCCGCUGGGUGGCAAGUAGUUCGAGGGCAGUUAAAGUGGUAUGGAAAAUGUAUGAAGGUUUAUGUAACCAUUUUUUAAAUGCAUCAUCAGACCCAAAUAGAGAUAGUAAAACAAGAGCCAAGUACAGUGGAUUAAGAAAAAGGCUAGCUAGUCCUGAAUUCCUAUUAGAUCUUGGUCUAAUGUGUGAUUGUCUUAAUGAACUAUCAGUUUUGUCAAACAUACUCCAGAAGCGUUCUUUAACUUUAAUUCAAGCUCAUCAACAUAUAAAUAGAAGUAUAAGAGUUUUGACUUCAUUAAAAGACUUAAAGGGUGAAUAUUUGACCAAAGCGACAAAUGCUACAAAUAACAUGAAUUUUAAAAAUAUUACAUUAGAAAAAGAGGAAAGAGUUAAGAGGAAAGAGGAAAAAAAAAGCAUUUGGAAAAUAUUAUAG